UUUAGGGUUUGGCGUCGGAACCCACCGAUCUGCCCCCGAAUUUACGUUUCCAAAGCUGACCACUGCUGAUUUCGGUACGCGUUCAAUGAAAAAAGGCCGUCAUGUGACUGAAAAAGCAACGAACGGUGUGGGCGCUACGGCCGCGGCCGGUGGUGCUUGCGCCCCUGAUACAAUCGGUGGACAACUGGUCACCGACCACUCGAAAGACUAUGGAUGUACGCUGGCGCAACUGCGCAGCCUUAUGGAGGCGCGAGGCGCAGAAGCUAUCGUUAGAUUAUCCACGGAACAUGACGGUGUCGAAGGUCUAUGCAAAAAGCUCAGAGUCGAUCCUAUAAAUGGUUUGCAUAACAAUGCAACCGAGCUUGAAAAACGACGUGCCACAUUCGGCGCAAAUACGAUACCACCAGCGACGAGUAAAAGCUUUGUGAGAUUGGUGUUUGACGCCUGUAGAGACCCUACCCUGAUAAUUCUAGUCGUUGCUGGAUGUAUUAAUCUGGCACUUUCUUUCUAUGAACCCGAAAUGCAAGCUCCGGAUGAGGAAACUUCCACCGCUGCGGCUCUCAUAGCUGGAGCUUUCAUGAACAAUAUCACUGGUUUUGAUCUUCUAAACUCUACAUUAACUAGUAACAUCACUGCUACUACGAAAGAACCACAAUUGGAAGGACAUGGAACAGCUUGGAUCGAAGGAGUUGCCAUUCUUUUGUGCGUCGUCGUUGUUGUGCUUGUCACGGCAAUCAAUGACUAUUCGAAAGAACGACAAUUCAGAAGUUUGCAGGAAAAAAUCGAAACAGGCCAGAAAUUCUCGGUGAUUCGUGAUGGUGAAGCCAUCGAUAUUCCCGUCUCGGAUCUGGUAGUAGGAGAUAUUGCCCGAGUAAAGUAUGGGGACCUUCUACCUGCUGAUGGGUUCUUGCUUCAGUCGAACGACUUGAAGGUCGACGAGUCAUCACUCACGGGAGAAUCCGAUCAUAUUGCCAAAAGCCCUGAAACGGAUCCCGUACUGUUGUCAGGAACCUACGCUAUGGAAGGUUCAGGCAAAAUGGUAUUAACAGCUGUGGGAGUAAAUUCACAGACUGGUAUCAUCAUGACACUUUUGGGUGCAGGAAAGACCGGACUGGGAGAUGGAGAUGAUGAUUCAAGCUCGACCUCGUCCAGCUCGUCAAGCUCCACAAGUUCAUCCUACUCAUCUUUCUCGUCAAAAUCCUCGCAUUCAAGUAAAAGUAGUGAUGAUGAUGACGGGCUAUCGGCAAAAUCCGUGCUUCAAUCGAAACUUUCGAAAUUAGCGCUGCAAAUCAUAUACUGUGGAACGACAGUAGCUGCUAUAGCUUUGGUAGUAUUAGUGACGAGAUUCUGUGUCGAACAUUAUGUUAGAGAUGGAAUACCGUUUAGUAUAGCUGAUAUUCAGAUGUUUGUCAAGUUUUUCAUUAUUGCGGUUACGAUUCUAGUCAUUUCAAUCCCAGAAGGGUUGCCUUUAGCCAUUGCCCUAGCUCUUACCUACUCUGUUAGAAAGAUGAUGUUCGAUAAUAAUCUUGUACGGCAUUUGGAUGCAUGUGAGACCAUGGGUAACGCAACUUCCAUUUGUUCGGAUAAGACCGGAACACUAACUACGAACAGAAUGACUGUAGUAGAUUCUUAUAUCAAUGGUAACCUAUACGAAGGUCAAAACAAUCAACCUAGUGGCGCUUCUUUACCAGGUGAUACAGCUCACCUGAUUGCCGAAGCCAUUUCUGUGAACAGUGCAUACAAUUCGAUGAUAGUUGAGCCAACCAAGGCCGGAGAACAAGUCCAGCAACUUGGUAACAAAACCGAAUGCGGCCUGCUGGGAUUUGUUCAAAGAUUAGGCGGAGAUUAUUCUACUAUCAGAAAGAAGUUUCCAGAAGAGUCAUUUGAAAAGGUUUACACUUUCAAUUCAUCCCGAAAGUGUAUGAUGACUGUAAUUCGACUCGUAGAAAAUGGCGUAGAUGUUGGAUACAGAGUCUAUUGCAAAGGUGCCAGUGAGAUUAUCCUCGCCAGAUGUUCCUAUAUAAUCGGCUCCGACGGCAAACCACAUCUUUUCUCGAGCGAAAGGUUCAAAGAGAUUAUGGCCACUAUAAUUUCACACAUGGCCAGCAAUGGUUUGCGAACGAUUUGUGUAGCCUAUAAAGACUACAUUCGAAAGAAUGCCCGUGAAGCCCAAAAUCAUGAGACAUCAUUCGAUAAGGAUGAGGACAUUGACUGGGACGACGAAGAAAAGAUAUCCAAUAAUUUUGUUGGUAUCGCUAUUUGUGGAAUACAAGAUCCUGUACGACCAGAGGUACCUCAAGCUAUUGAGAAAUGCAAAAGAGCUGGUAUAACGGUUCGUAUGGUUACCGGUGAUAACAUCAACACGGCUAGAGCCAUCGCCAUGACUUGCAGAAUUCUUGAACCAGGAGAUGAUUUCUUAGCCCUUGAAGGCAAGGAAUUCAACGAGAGAAUUCGUGGUCCUGACGGGAAAGUAUCGCAAGCGAAGUUGGACGAGGUUUGGCCUCGUCUUCGCGUACUGGCUAGAGCUCAACCGACGGACAAAUAUACUUUAGUCAAGGGUAUCAUAAACAGCAAGGCUACACCGCAGAGGGAAAUCGUUGCUGUAACCGGUGACGGCACUAAUGACGGUCCUGCAUUGAAGAAAGCCGAUGUUGGCUUUGCUAUGGGCAUAGCCGGCACAGAUGUCGCUAAAGAGGCUUCCGACAUCAUCCUCACUGAUGACAACUUCACAUCUAUCGUUAAGGCUGUGAUGUGGGGUCGUAAUGUGUACGAUUCGAUCUCGAAAUUCUUACAAUUCCAAUUGACCGUCAAUGUUGUCGCCGUUCUUACAGCAUUCAUCGGUGCAGUCACUGUAUCGGACUCUCCGUUGAAGGCCGUUCACAUGCUUUGGAUCAAUCUCAUUAUGGAUACUCUUGCUUCGCUAGCACUUGCAACUGAAGUACCCUCCGAAAAUUUGUUGAACAGGAAGCCCUACGGAAGGAAAAAGUCAUUGAUCUCUCGUACCAUGGUCAAGAAUAUUCUCUGUCAUGCGAUUUACCAGCUCGUGAUCUUGUUUACCAUCUUUUACUACGGUGAUCGAAUCUUCAACAUCAAGUCAGGCCUGUACGCCCCUCUCUUUGCCCCACCUUCACAACAUUUCACAAUCGUAUUUAACGCCUUUGUAAUGAUGACUCUCUUCAACGAAAUUAAUGCUCGAAAAGUGCAUGGCGAGAGAAACGUCUUCAAGGGUCUUCUCAAAAAUCGAGUGUUUUGUGUGAUUUGGCUUUCUACGUUCAUCGGACAAAUUCUCAUCACACAAUUUGGAGGUGCAUGGUUCUCCACUGCGCCUCUGAACGGCACACAGUGGGUUGUUUGUCUCGCAUUGGGUGUGUCGACAUUGGCUUGGGGACAAGUUGUAGCAACGAUCCCUAGCAAGAAAUUGCCUAAGACAUGGAAGUACGGAAGAGGAGAGGUUGCACCCUCGAAGAUCCAUAUCAACGGCGACUAUAACGUACGAGCUAGAUCACGCGCGUUGACAGUUCGUCGUACCGGAAAGUCGUUAUGGAUGCGCGGAAUGUUUUUGAUGGGCCAACAUCUUCGCGUACUUCGCGCUUUCCAAACGAGAGAUAAAAACUUCGGAAAAACUGCACCGAGAAUGACCGCCGAAGAGGCUGCACGAUGGAGAUACAGCUAUCGAAAAUAUCGUCAUCAAAAACAUCAGGAAAGAAGAGCCGCAUCGGAGCGUGAUGAAACCGAAAAAACGAAACUUCCACCGGAUAUGAAGGAAAAACGUAGGACAUUCAAACAAAUCAAAGCUGUUGCUCGUGGCAGAUCACUCGACAAACAUGAGCACCGUCAUAAGAAAAAGCAUAAUUCCUUGGAUAUCGACGAGAUUCCAUAGUUCUUUUACCGACGCCUAAUCCUCAUUUUUCCCCUUCGUGCUAUUUUGUGUGAUUAAUUUUUUAGCUUGUAUUUUCUUCUCCAUUGUUUUCCCACCCUUAUCGAGUUCAUCGAUGAUUUUUUGUAGCAACAUUGCUGACGACUAUUUAGCGUUUCUGCUAAAGCUAUUUAUCUCGAAUGACUAUUUAUUACGUAUGUUCUUCGAUUUUCAUGUUUAUAUUAGCGUAAUGAUAGUCGUGUAAGAGUUGUCGUUGACAUAGAAAGUUCAUGUACAAAGUACUUGUUGUUUUUUUCUUAGCGAAAAAAUUUCUUUUUUGUAUGCUAUGUCAAAUUGCCAAUGUUCUCAAAGUCGACUUCACUAGAGUUGCGUGUGUCC